AAUACGGUAACUGCCGUAAACCGCAGAAGAGCAAAAACAAGGCAGAAGUUAGCAAGACGGAGGUUAGCAACAGCGAGUGCGACGACGUACCGUCGGAUUAAAGGCAGAAAAUGUUGAAAGAUAUAAUAAGGGAGAGACUAAUGGCGGCGGCUGAUGAAAUAUUUGAGCUGUUUGAAAGAACGAUAGCUUCGUACGAGGACGAACUUUCUCGAACAAGAUUGGAGAAGGAACGACAACAACAAUUGGAGGCUGCUGGCAAGACGCACACUGUGCGAGGCACUGAAGACAUUGAGCAGAUGCUUGGUCCUCGAGAAGAGCAUCAACCACAGGCAGGGAGCUCCACUUGGAAGCAGGAUGAUCCACAGCUACGUCACGUUAAAGACGAAGAGGAGGAACUCUGGAUCUCUCAGGACGGAGAGCCUCUCCUCGGGCCGGAGGAGGCUGACCCCGCCAAGGUGCCGUUGACUGUCAUCUCUGUGAAGAUUGAAAAUGCCGACGAACCACAGGCAGACAACCUCUUAGCUCCGCUAUCAGACAGCGAUGACAUAACGUCACACUCUCCUGAGGAUGAAGACUCGGACUACAACCAGGAACCUUUGAGCAGCGGUACAGAGUGGGAAGCUCACGUGAGGACUCACACCAACAACAAACGCUCCAAGAAGAAGACGAGUAAAAAACGGUUCAACUGCUCAGUUUGUGCCGAGAGCUUUAGUUAUGUGUGCGACUUGACCCGUCACAUGCGCAAACACACGGAAGUGAAACCUUUUAGUUGCUCAGUUUGUGGUAAAGGCUUCACUCUGGAGAGCAGUAUGACAUCACACAUGAGAAACGUCCACGGAGAAAAACGUUUUAGCUGCGCAGUUUGCAGUGAAAAGUUUUUCUUUAAGAAUCAGCUGACGCAACAUAUGAAAACACACACUGGAAUACCUUUCAGUUGCUCCGCUUGCGGCAAAAGAUUCCUUCACAGGGCUGCUCUGAUAUUCCAUAUGGAAAUUCACAAAGGCGAAAAGUCUUUUGGUUGCUCCAUUUGUGGUAAAAGCUUUCCCACUCUGGCCAAGUUUGAUUCGCACUUGAGAAAACACACCGGAGAGAAACCCUUUAGCUGCUCAGUUUGCGGCAAAAGCUUUCCUUGUUCUAGUCAUUUGAAGAUACACAUGAGAACACACACAGGAGAGAAACCUUUUAGCUGCUUGGUUUGUGGUGAAAUAUUUAACUAUUCCAGUCAUUUGAAAAGUCACAUGAUGGCACACAGAGGACAGAAGCCAUUUAGCUGUUCCGUUUGCGGUAAAAUAUUCUCGUAUUCUAGUCAUUUGAAGAUUCACAUGAGGACGCACACAGGAGAGAAGCCCUUUCGCUGCUCCGUUUGUGGUCUAAGUCUCCCUACUAAGCACCGUUUGAGAGUGCACAUGUGGGCUCACACCGGACAAAAACCCUUUAGCUGCUCACUUUGCGAUAAAAGCUUUGAUCUCAAGAAACGUUUGAGUGCACACAUGCAGUCUCACACGACGGAGGAACCUUGAUUAUACCUGUUUUUUUAUUCCCCUGACUUUUUGAAGAAACAAAGUAUGUUUUAGCUUGAUUUGAAUGUUCAUUUCACUUGGAAGUGUAAAUAAAAUUACAGUAUGGUCAACAUGUAUGAACUUGUCAUUUAUCGUUCUGUUAAUAAAAUCCAGUGAAAAUUGCCUAUU